AUGUCGUGGUCGGAUAUUAUCAAUAAUAACCUAAUCGGGUCCGGUAACGUUAGCAAAGCCGCCAUUCUUGGUUUUGACGGGGCUAUCUGGGCUAAGAGUGAUAAUUUCAAUCUCGCCACUGAAGAAGCAAUUGCAGCUGGAAAAGCUUUCUCCGCUCUGGAUGCUCUUCUCGGCACUGGACUCCGUUUGGAAGGACAAAAGUUUUUGGUCCUUAACGCUGAUGAGGACAGAGUGAUUGGAAAGCAAGCUGUCAUCAUAUCAAUUUACGAGAAAGGACUCCAGCCAGAAAUGUGCAGCAAGACCACCGGAGCUCUUGCCGAUUAUUUCAAGAGCAUUGGAUACUGA